ACUGCGUAAACAGGGUGAACAUUCUUAAUGUGUUAGCAAGAACAAACAAGUAUAACCGAGACCAACGAAAUAACAAACUUGUUUUUAAUGCACGGAUGAUUAUGUGAAACACAGGUUAUUGUUAUCUAAUACUGCAAGACAACCCUUGUGUAAUCUGGAAUGACUGUAAAGGAGCUACUCCAAGAUGGAGUACUCAGUCAGGUAAUAUGAGUGAGAGUGCCAGGUCACGAGCGCUCCCUCCAUCGUCGGCAACCUCCCACGGGAAAAUCAGGACAGAAAACUCAGAAUUACUAACUCUUUUGCGUGAAAAGACAAUCGACAGUAGUGGUCCUAAUAAUCACACAACCAGUAGACAAUCUUCACACCACGCUGCUGAUUUAUAUCCUGCACAGCCCCCAGCUUCAGCAGGGCAAAGGUUGGUAGAUGUCAAUAAUCCACCAAAUUUUUAUGUAAGCACUACAUCACGCCAAGUAGAGUCCCCAGCACAGUCAAAUAUAGAGCCUGCUUUAACUAAUCCAAAGACAGCCAAACACACAGCCGAUAACCCAGUGAGUCAAGUAGAUUCACAACUUCUUGUUCCACCCCUGAACUUAGACACUCGUAGAGACAGUGAGGCCAAUUUAAGCCCUAGUGCUCAUGACUCUGAUUUAGGUCUGUCCAAUACAGAAAGAAACAAAUAUCUUCAUGAAAUUCUUGUAAAUCCACCACAGGAUUCAUCCGAACCACUCAGACCUAGUGAAUCUGAAUUGCAUGACAGUAGAAAUAAUAGAGUUUCACCAGUGAAGUCCCUCCCUAGUGAACAUAAUACACCUGCCUUAAGUUCUAGAAGUGUUGCUUUUAAUGGUGAUGGCAAAAUUAACAAUAUAUCGCACAAUCAUAAUGUAGAUGAGUCUGUAGGGAACAAAGACAGUUUUAGAAAUUCAGAAAAUCAGAUUGUUUCAAAUUCUGCAGAGGAUUUUCAGACUGACAGAUUUGAGAUUGAGAACACACAGCGUAGCUUAGAGCUUGAUUCUGCUUUGCAUGCCUUACCUACUCCUGGACAAUCUGCACCUGUAACUGGUCGUCAAACUUAUAAUGUACCGUCACCAGUUUCCACUCAAAUCCCACAUAUAGAUUCAUUGUCCAAUUUCAGUAAUCCAGACGAAAAGGAGGAAAGGCCCGUACCACGGACCAGAUCCAGUAAGCAAGCGAGCACGCUCAGUUCACGCAGUAUCCCUAUCCCAGGACAAGGAACAGACUCGCCGAGACAGUCCGCCACCACCAGACUCUCGAGUUCACGUGAUCAGAGUGCCACAGUCAGAGGGAGCAGUGGUGUGUAUGCUGUAGCCAACCCUGCAGUUCUCAUUGCUCAAGGAAUCACUCCUACCCCCAGCCAACAAAACGUACAGUUCACACCUAGACCACAGCCCAGGUCAAGACCAGAGAGCUUUAUUGAUUCAUUAGAACUCUCCAACAAGGAAACAGGUGAGAUUAUCACAGGAGACCAAAUCGAUGAAAGAAAGAAGAGUGCAGUCUCAUUUGAAGAUAGAGACAAGGUAGGAUCUUUACCAUUAAAGGACCCCUACACAGAGGCAGGAAGCCCAGAACUUGGAGUAGAUCCUGACUGGGACACUCCCAGAGUUAAGGAUAGAACCCCCACUCCUCAUCCUGUAUCAGACACUCACCGUCACUCACCAGCCCAACCAGUCUGGGAAAAAGAGGAACAAGAAAGCCAGAGGUCUCCAGAGCCUUUAGACAUAUCUAAACCAGCCCCCAGUGUGAGAGAAACAGAAGACAACCUCAGUACUAGAAGUGAUUCCCCUGAUGUCCCACUGUCACCGACACCUCUAGACGAAGACGACAGAAAAGUUGGCUCUGCCUUACUCCUUGCUGGUGGCAGUGCAAAAUCAGUCAAACGAGUUUCUAGAACUGACUCUUUACCAACUGUUCAGAAAGUGUAUGUAGAGUCACCUACAUUCACUAGAGAAGAAGAGGACGAAUAUAGAUUUGUUGAAAGUCGCCUAGGCGAAAUUCAAGAUGAUGUAGAGGAUACUCUUAGAAAAUUGGACGAAGAGACAGAAAAACAGCGCAAAUUUAGAAAACAGUUAGAGGAUCAAAUGGCUACUAUGUAUGCUCCAGCUUAUGAAGACCAAAGAAAUGGUCAAUCUUACAGCCGAAAUCCCCAAUACAGUGAACCUCCCAGAGAAAACAUGGGAUCUUAUAGUAAUGUAAGACACCAGGAAGACAAUAGGUCGUACCAAGAGCCGAGGCGAGAAAACAUGGGUUCAUACAGUACACUUCGAAACGAGGAGAGAAACAAUAUCAGAAAUGACGAUAGAGGCUCAUACAAUGAACAAAGAAAGGACAACAUGGGCUCGUACUCCUCACUGCGGCACGAUGACAGACAGUCGUACGGAGAGCCACGGCGAGAAAACUUGGGAUCAUACACGUCAUUACGAAACGAUGAAAGAAAUUCCUAUGGGGAACCUAGGAGAGAUAACAUGGGAUCUUAUUCAAAUGUUCGCAAUGAGGACAGAAAUAGCUAUAAUGAUGUAAGAAGAGAUAACAUGGGAUCCUACACUUCUUUGAGAAAUGAUGAUAGAAAUUCAUAUGGAGAACCUAGAAGAGAUAACAUGGGUUCCUACACAUCUGUCAGAAAUGACGACCGACAAUCCUAUGCGGAACAAAGGAGGGAGAACAUGGGUUCUUAUGCAUCAGUACGGACUGAUGAAAGGAGGCCUCAUGGAGACCAACCCAGAGAAAACAUGGGAUCAUAUGCUAAUGUUAAUCAGGAGAUUGAAAGGAAUUCCUAUGCUGAUCAGCGUGAUAACCCAGGUUAUAACCCCCGUGAUCGCCCUCCCGAUUCUUACGGACGUCAGAACGAGGCUCCAAAUAACCAGGAAUACGGCAAUAGAGGGCACGAUGAGGACAGAUACGAAGACAGAGACUAUGAACGCAAUGGUGUCCAGGUGAACAGGAACAGGUACGAGAGCCAAGAGCCACAGGACCAGCAGCCUGAGUCCGAACAGUACAAUCCACAGUCACACACCCAAAACCUGACGUACGAACCCCAUGACGACGACCUAAAGAGAGAGGCCGAGUAUCAGGAGGGGCUCAAGAUGCGGAUCUCCGAAUCAGGCAAAAAAGACAUGGAGAUCCAGAUCCCGCGCCUGCCCCUUCAAAGCGAGCAAUUUAGAGAUUCUCUAGAGGAGGAUAACUUCCGGGACUGGGAUAACCCUCCCCCAAAUCCAUUUGGAAACAAUGGAGGCCCUCCUCCUCAGCAACAACAGCAGCAGCAACAGCAGAGGCAUCAACCGUACGAGGAACCCAAGGUGCCCAGUUUUGUUGAUGAAAACGAUACAGCGCGAAUGGAAUUUCUUCAUCCAAAAUCUCCGCGAUAUGACUUUAUUGAAAUGAAUAAAAUUGACUAUGGUAAACCCCAUGAAAAAAGCUAUCGUGAAAUCAAACAUGUUCGUGAGGAAGAAAGCAGAAAGCUUGAUAAAAUCUUUAUUCAUCCUAAACCACCAAAUAAAACUAAAAAGCACCCUGUAAAGCCUGGUUUGAAAUCCGCUCCUAGUAAAUUUCAAAUGAGUUCUCCCAUUGAAGAAUUGGAUCCUGAAGACCCAGCCCAAGCUUUGUGGGCAAAACGUUCUGCUCAACUGAAAAAGAAAGACAGUAAGACAUCCUCUGGAAACAGCAACAAACACAAAGGUCUUCAGCGGAACCAGAGUGACUCACGUCUGGUUCGACCCAUGGGUCAAGGGGGGACCUUUACUCAACAAGCCCCAAGCCAGGUUGUGUACGGUUCUCCUACUAGGAACCACUUCCUUGAACCAAUAGAGAACCGCCCUCCACCCCCUCCCGUGGCCCGGGCGGAGCCCCAAUACACGUCCAAUUCCGAACCCAUUAACUUUCCCGAACGCUUCAGUGACCACCAGUCCCCUACCCUACGAUCUCGUCCCCUCGAUUUAAAACCAAUCACCCAGGAAAUUAUUACUGAGGACGGGCAGAGAAUUAGUGUGGACAUUAAUCUAAAAGUGCUCAGUCCCCCGCCCGGAAGUGGAUCAGGGGCCCCUCCCAUUGUUCACGCAGAAGUUCACCCCAAGGAUCACAACAGACGGCCGACGGGGAUGCAGUAUCAGAUGGAGGAGACCUACCCUGCCCCGGAACAGGACCCCCAGCCCCAGCAGAACUACAACCAGUAUUAUGAUGCAUACCCGCGAUAUAACUAUUAUUACCCGGAUGACACACGUUAUGACCAGGAGAACGUGGCCCCGCCCCACGGCGGAGAUUACCAGCAGCAACAGUAUCAGGACGAGACGUACCGGAUGUCGCCCUAUCCCAAGAUCCCACCAAUAAACCUGACAGAGGAGGAGCUGGACCGACAGCUAGGUAGCCGAGCUGAACUUGAGCAGAAUGGUUACGCAGCCAUGUACAAGCAGAACAAAAACAAACCGCGGGAAGACAGACCGUGGUACCAGGUGUAUACAAUCAAUGACUACCGCAAGAUGCAGAACGAGGUGCGCCUCAGCAGGGCGCCGCUAGGGCCAGACCUGGACAACGAAACUUACAAAGAGAAACUUGAGAAACGACACAAACAGUUUGAGUAUGCCAGAAUGGUAAUGGAGAAGAAUCGUCAUGAACUGGAUGUGAAGAAGCCUCCAAGUAACGCCAAGAAGGACGAGGAGAAGCCCAACAAGCGGAAAACAGCCAUUGAGUACUCCAAAAAUAUACCAAAGCCUAACGUCAAAGCCCGACCCAAUCAGUACAACUCGUACGAGGUAGCGGCACAGUUGUCUCCGGCAGCUAAAAAGAGUGGUCCCCCAUCCCCCACUCAAACUGUCGACGUCAUAGAUCUUCAGAAACUGAAACAGAGGCAUGACCAAGAAAAGCAAAACGUGGCUUCUAUCCGCCAAAACAUGGAAUCUGUCCCCCAAAAAGCUUAAAGAAAGACACAGAGUGGCAGGAAAUAUAUUUUAUCUCACUUUGCUCCGGUCUCAAAUCUGAAGCAAAUAUUUAUCUUUUAAUGCAUUUACUUAUUUAUGUAAAGAAAACUGUAUCACAUUGCACUAUAUUUAUGAUCUACAUGCAACAGUGUAUAUUUGAGUAUUAACGGCAUGCAGGCCCAUGUUUCACGUCGAUGUCCUACAUUUAUUGAUUGUUAUUGUUGACGUCAGAGGAUUUGUUGCCAAAGAGAAAUCUGUGAUAAUUGUCUUGUACUUUUAGUCGUUAGCUGGUUGUGUGCAUAGUUUAGUAAUUGGUAGAUAAUAAACAAGGAGGCUUAUACCAGAACACUGAGAACAUAUCUCUUCUCUAUUGUCUUUGUAUUGUAUCAUAGAACUUAUAAUCAGUGAAUUGUCAUUGUUUCUUGUGGAAACACAAUUUGUUUUAGGAAUUUGGAAUGUCCUUUAACUUAUGGAUAUUUACCCUAUAUUCUUAAUGUGAAAAGCUUAUAAGAAAGCUAUAAUUCAUGAUUUAAAUUAUAUGUCACAUAAUGUUUUGUUACUGUUACUGUAUGGGCUCAUGAAUGUAUUUAUUUGUGUAUAUAUAUAUAUAUAUAUAUAUAUAUAUAUAUAUAUAUAUAUAUAUAUAUAUAUAUAUAUAUAUAUAUAUAUAUAUAUAUAUAUAUAUAUAAGGUAGUAAGGAUAAGAUUACUUUUUGAUCAUAUUUAUAUGUAUAAUUAUAUUCUUUUGUAUCACGAACUUAUUUUGGUGAUUUCAUCGAAAGAACUUUACCAAAACAUAUUCAUUCUCUGUUAUAAUAUAUUCAAGAUUAAUAUCUCCAUUCUUGAUAGAAUAAUAUAAAUCGACCCAUUUGGAUAUUUGUGGUGUAAAUAAAGUUUAACAUCUAAUCUUA